AUGUGACACUGGCAGAUUAAAACGCUCUGAUGGGGAAGGGCUUACAGGCUGAGUCAAAAGCCAAGAAGUCUCUUUAUUUACGCCUACCUCCCAGCCCUUGGCAAUCUGACUAAUAACAAACUGAGCUAACAAGAAAUACUAGAAAAGGAGGAAGGAGAACAUUGCUGCAGCUUGGAUCUACAAACUAAGAAAGCAAGAGUGAUCAGUCCCAGCUCUGUUAAACAUCUUGUUUACUUACUGCAUUCAGCAGCUUGCAAAUGGUUAACUAUAUGCAAAAAAGUCAGCAUAGCUGGGAAGUAUGCUGUGAAUUUUAAUUGAGGGAAAAAGGGACAAUUGCUUCAGGAUGCUCUAGUAUGCACUCUGCUUGAAAUCUUUUCAAUGAAUUGCUCAGUAUUCUAUCUUUGACCAGAGGUUUUAACUUUAUGAACCUAUGGGAUUUGACAAAAAGUGAUAUUUGAGAAGAAAGUACCCAGUGGUUGGUGUUUUCUUUUUUAAUAAAGGAACUGAAUUACUUUGAACACCUCUUCCAGCUGUGCGUUACAGAUAACGUCAGGAAGAGUCUCUGCUUUACAGAAUCGGAUUUCAUCACAUGACAACAUGAAGCUGUGGAUUCAUCUCUUUUAUUCAUCUCUCCUUGCCUGUAUGUCUUUACAGUCCCAAACUCCAGUGUUCUCAGUCAGAAGCUCUUGUGAUUCUCUCUGCAAUUGUGAGGAAAAAGAUGGCACGAUGCUAAUAAAUUGUGAAGAAAAAGGUAUCAAGACAGUAUCUGAAAUAAGUGUGCCACCAUCACGACCUUUCCAACUAAGCUUAUUAAAUAAUGGCUUGACAAUGCUUCACACAAAUGACUUUUCUGGGCUUACCAAUGCUAUUUCAAUACACCUUGGAUUUAACAAUAUUGCAGAUAUUGAGAUAGGUGCAUUUAAUGGCCUUGGCCUCCUUAAGCAACUUCAUAUCAAUCACAAUUCUUUAGAAAUUCUUAAAGAGGAUACUUUCCAUGGACUGGAAAACCUGGAAUUCCUGCAAGCCGAUAACAAUUUUAUCACAGUGAUUGAACCAAGUGCCUUUAGCAAGCUCAACAGACUCAAAGUGUUAAUUUUAAAUGAUAAUGCUAUUGAGAGUCUUCCUCCAAACAUCUUCCGAUUUGUUCCUUUAACCCAUCUAGAUCUUCGUGGAAAUCAGUUACAAACAUUGCCUUAUGUUGGCUUUCUCGAACACAUUGGCCGAAUAUUGGAUCUUCAGUUGGAGGACAAUAAAUGGGCCUGCAAUUGUGACUUACUGCAGUUAAAAACUUGGUUGGAGAACAUGCCUCCGCAGUCUAUAAUUGGUGAUGUUGUCUGCAAUAGCCCUCCAUUUUUUAAAGGAAGUGUACUCAGUAGACUAAAGAAGGAAUCCAUUUGCCCCACUCCACCAGUGUAUGAAGAACAUGAGGAUCCUUCAGGAUCAUUACAUUUGGCAGCAACAUCUUCAAUAAAUGAUAGUCGCAUGUCAACUAAGACCACAUCCAUUCUAAAACCACCCACCAAAGCACCACGUUUGAUACCUUAUAUUACAAAGCCAUCUACUCAACUUCCAGGACCUUACUGCCCUAUUCCUUGUAACUGCAAAGUCCUAUCCCCAUCAGGACUUCUAAUACAUUGUCAGGAGCGCAACAUUGAGAGCUUAUCAGAUCUGAGACCUCCUCCGCAAAAUCCUAGAAAGCUCAUUCUAGCGGGAAAUAUUAUUCAUAGUUUAAUGAAGUCUGAUCUAGUGGAAUAUUUCACUUUGGAAAUGCUUCACUUGGGAAACAAUCGUAUUGAAGUUCUUGAAGAAGGAUCAUUUAUGAACCUAACGAGAUUACAAAAGCUGUAUCUAAAUGGUAACCAUCUGACCAAAUUAAGUAAAGGCAUGUUCCUUGGCCUCCAUAAUCUUGAAUACUUAUAUCUUGAAUACAAUGCCAUUAAGGAAAUACUGCCAGAAACAUUUAAUCCAAUGCCUAAACUUAAAGUCCUUUACUUAAAUAACAACCUCCUCCAAGUUUUGCCACCACAUAUUUUUUCAGGGGUUCCUCUAACUAAGGUAAAUCUUAAAACAAACCAGUUUACCCAUCUACCUGUAAGUAAUAUUUUGGAUGAUCUUGAUUUACUAACCCAGAUUGACCUUGAGGAUAACCCCUGGGACUGCUCCUGUGACCUGGUUGGACUGCAACAAUGGAUACAAAAGCUAAGCAAGAACACAGUGACAGAUGACAUCCUCUGCACUUCUCCCGGGCAUCUCGACAAAAAGGAAUUAAAAGCCCUAAAUAGUGAACUUCUCUGUCCAGGUUUAGUAAAUAACCCAUCCAUGCCAACACAGACUAGUUACAUUAUUGUCACCACUCCUACAACAACAACGAAUACGGCCGAUACUAUUUUACGAUCUCUUACAGACGCUGUGCCACUGUCUGUUCUAAUAUUGGGACUUCUGAUUGUGUUCAUCACUAUUGUGUUCUGUGCUGCAGGGAUAGUGGUUCUUGUUCUUCACCGCAGGAGAAGAUACAAAAAGAAACAAGUAGAUGAGCAAAUGAGGGACAACAGUCCUGUGCAUCUUCAGUACAGCAUGUAUGGCCAUAAAACCACUCAUCACACUACUGAAAGACCCUCUGCCUCUCUCUAUGAACAGCACAUGGUGAGCCCCAUGGUUCAUGUCUAUAGGAGUCCCUCCUUUGGUCCAAAGCAUUUGGAAGAGGAAGAAGAGGGGAAUGAGAAAGAAGGAAGUGACGCAAAACAUCUCCAAAGAAGUCUUUUGGAACGGGAAAAUCAUUCACCACUCACAGGGUCCAAUAUGAAAUACAAAACCACGAACCAAUCGACAGAAUUUUUAUCCUUCCAAGAUGCCAGUUCAUUGUAUAGAAACAUUUUAGAAAAAGAAAGGGAACUUCAGCAACUAGGAAUCACAGAAUACCUAAGGAAAAACAUUGCUCAGCUCCAGCCUGAUAUGGAGGCACAUUAUCCAGGAGCCCACGAAGAACUGAAAUUAAUGGAAACAUUAAUGUACUCACGUCCAAGGAAGGUAUUAGUGGAACAGACGAAAAAUGAGUAUUUUGAACUCAAAGCUAAUUUACAUGCUGAACCUGACUAUUUAGAAGUCCUGGAGCAGCAAACAUAGAUGGAGAGUUUGAGGGCUUUCACAGAAAUGCUGUGAUUCUGUUUUAAGUCCAUACCUUGUAAAUAAGUGCCUUACAUGAGUGUGUCAUCAAUCAGAACUUAAGCACAGUAGUAAACUACGGGGGAAAAAAGGAAGAAAAAUAAACUCAGGGAUCAUUGGGAGAAGCCAUGGCAUUAUCUUCAGGCAAUUUAGUCUGUCCCAAAUAAAAUAAAACCUUGCAUGUAAAUCAUUCAAGGGUUAUAGUAAUAUUUCUCCAUAUACUGAAAAGUGUCUCAUAGGAGUCCUCUUGCACAUCUAAAAAGGUUGAACAUUUAAGUAUCCUGAAUUUUCUUGAAUUGCUUUCCCUAUAAAUUACAAUUGGAUUUCAUCAUUUAAAAACCAUACCUGUAUAUGUAGUUAUAAUAUGUAAGGAAUACAUUGUUUAUAACCAGUAUGUACUUCAAAAAUGUAUAUUGUCAAACAUACCUAACUUUCUUGCAAUAAAUGCAAAAGAAACUGGAACUUGACAAUUAUAAAUUACAAACAGUGAAGAAAAAAUACAAAGGUUGUAAUUACAUAGGUCAUGGGUGGCUCAAAACUUUGAGCAUUUGAGCUUAAACAAAUGCCACUCUCGUGCAUUCUAAGUUUAAGAAGUUAAAAUGAUUAAUAGUUCAGGUGGAAUAAAUAAGCAUAUUUUGGGGGGUUUUCUACACAUUUUGUGUAGAUAAUUUUAAUGUCAGUGCUGCUGUGAACUAAAGUAUGUCAUUUAUGUUCAAAGUUUAAUUCUUCUUCUAGGGAUAUUUUUAAAAUGCUACUGAGAUUCUGCUGUAAAUAUGACUAGAGAAUCUAUUGGGUUUGCUUUAUUUCAUAGGCUUAAUUCUUUGUAAAUUUGAAUGACCAUGAUAGAAAUACAUUUCUUGUGGCAAGUAAUUCACAGUUGUAAAGUAAAUAGGAAAAAUUAUUUUAUUUUUAUUGAUGUAUAUUGAUAGAUGCCAUAAAUCAGUAGCAAAAGGCACUUCUAAAGGUAAGUGGUUUAAGUUGCCUCAAGAGAGGGACAAUGUAGCUUUAUUUUACAAGAAGGUAUAGUUAGAUUUCUAUGAAAUAUUUAUUCUGUACAGUUUUAUAUAUUUUUGGUUCACAAAAGUAAUUAUUCUUGGGUGCCUUUCAAGAAAAUUAAAAAUACUACUCACUACAAUAAAACUAAAAUGAAAACUC